UCAUUUAUUUCACAACCAGAUCCAGGGUAUACCUAGAGAAGAGAAUCUCAUUCAGCAUUAAUGAUUGCAAGUGCAGAUUGUUGUGUAGAUAAACAAAUAAAGCAUAAUAAGUCCUUGACAUGGUAAAACAUACCAUUCAACACGACUGAAUCCUUAUCGCUAUCGUAAACUUUUUAACGAGCACUUGUUCAUUGUUAAUUUCGUAAACAAUAACAAGAUAGGUAACUACUUUUUAUGAGGAAGAAGCUAUUGAGCAUUCAGCCGUAAAAUUAAACUAGCACUGACCGCAUAUUGCUUUCGUAACGAACAUGUUUCCGUAUUUUAAUGAAUUUAAGAUAAUAAUUUUCUCAUAUUGGAUACAUGCAGUGCUUCCGAUGUCUUCAAUAUCAGAUAAAAAUCCAUCGUCGUAUCCCGCUGAGUGGAACAGUGAUAUAGCAGAAUAUUUAGUGGUAAAAGGGUUAGUGCCAAAUGACAAAGAUUUACCAAAUGAAAAAAGUUUGGCAAGCGCUUCGAUAGUAAAAGACAUGGAUAACGACGUCACGUAUCUUCUUUCGAAAUUACCCGACGCCGAAUUAAUUAAGUUACUAAAUGAACAACCCAGUAAAUCUGAAUAUAAUAUAAAUGACAUCGUCAAACUUGCUACUAAAUAUACGACUAACUUAGCCCCGCCAAAAGAUAAAGAAACUAUCUUGAGUAAAUCUCUUGCACAAUUUAAAAGCGUAUUUGAGAGUCCCAAGAAAAAUAAGAAAAUUUCAACAAGUUUAGAGAAACCUAAACAAGAAGGGCCAGUCUUUCGGCUAGAAGAUAAAGAAGUAGACCCAUUCGCUUCCAACCGAGGUGCUGAUCCUCAAUAUGUCGCUGUACAAAAACUGAACAAUUUAUUGUACAGUCAUCCUUCAGAAGUGGAAUCAGACACAAAGAACGAUGAUGAAGAUAAGAAGAAAGAAUUGUUAUUUGAUGUACUCGUCGCUCAAUUAAAAACACUUUGUUGCAAACGUAAUAAGCCAUCUAAAAAGAAGGAUAAAACUAAAUUGAAACUCAAAGCUUUAUUGAACGACAUUAUGCCACAACCAAUUAUUCAGAAACCUUACGUACCAGACCACAAAUACACACAAACCACAACGCCAAACGAACACAUGUUUUUAAUAAUAAAUGACGAAAUUAAAAGUAAUGGAAGUGACGAUGGACUUAUAUCGGUGGAUCCAGAGAGUCUUGGUUCGAACAGCAGUGUGAUGUUACUAGGACCCAUAGCAACACCUCUUUCCGAAGCACAACUAAAAAUUGUGAUGAUGCGCAUUACAAACGAACUGUCGAAACCGGAGUAUAUACCACUAUUGCAGCAAAUAUCUGAAGGUACACUCAGUGAUGAAAAUAUAAGGCUUGUGAACAGCUUGGUAUCAGGACCCCAAACACGAAGAUAUAUUAAACCUCACAGGUGUAACCAUCAGUCCAAACUAGCAAAAGUAUAUGGAGGCCCCAAAUGGCUAGUUUGUACAGGAUAUUUAAAUUUAAAUGCGGCUAGCUUAUAUGAUUAAAUUUAAUUCUUCGCACAUUAUCUCUUACAUUUAUGUUUUUGCUGGUUUAGAGAAACUACAGGCACUUCUAACUAAAAUAUUUUUCUUAAAAAAAUAUUAAGAAAAAUAUUGGCCUACAUAAUAACAGCUAUUUUAAGUCAAAGUGUCUGUUAAGAAAAAUUCACAUCUAUAACAAGAAUAUUAUAAAAACCUAAAAGCGUUAAAAAUAUAUCUGUAAGCAUUUUCAUACGUACACUUAUUAAGAUCUUGGCUUCCCGAGUUUCAUGAAAUAACUCUGGUUGCUGACAUACUUAACUAGAUAAUAUAAUUAUAAAUACAUAAAUAAUAUAAUAAA